GGCAGAGGACACAGGGAGCCUUCCACUCUGGAAUAUCUUCUUCUUCUUCAGUAUCUGAUUGUUUAUGAAUAAACUGGUCUCUCCUCAACCUUGGGUAAUGGUGGGACUCUCAUCCACUGCUGUGGAGGCCAUGGAGGUGUUGGUGAGUGAGCUGGGAGCUCUGCUGAAGAUGCUGGACCAGGAGAACCUCAGCUCCUCCACGCAGGAGAAGAAGACCUCUGUGUGGAACCUCCUGCAGCAGAUACAACCAUCAGUUUCGGGAACAGACUACAUUUACAUGAACUCAUCAGUGUACAGGAAUGGUACCAGCUUUGUGGAGUCUCUCUUUGAAACGUUUGACUGCGAGAUUGGAGAUCUAAAGGAUGUUACAGACGAGCUGAAAGAUGACAAGAACAUUCAAAUGGACACCUUAACUCAGGAAAACUGUACAGACUCCCCAGCCCCGCACUCAGCUGACUCUCCCCCACCUCUGCCUACAACACCUCCUCCUGAGGAGUACUAUGAGGAGGCAGUGCCUCUCAGCCCUGGAAAGACGCCAGAGUACAUCAUCACUCGAGCACGGCCUAGCCCUCCAAACUCUAUAGAAGAUGGAUAUGAAGAUGCUGAAAACAACUACCCUACCACCUGCAUUAACUCACACCGCAAAAACUCUUACAAUGACUCGGACGCUCUGAGCAGUUCCUACGAGUCCUACGAGGAAGACGAGGAGGAGAGGAACCCGGGCAUCCAACUUACUCACCAGUGGCCCUCUGAUGAGAGCUCCAUGCCUCCCGCCAGAGACUGCCGCAUCUGCGCCUUCCUGCUGCGCAAGAAGCGUUUCGGCCAAUGGGCAAAACAACUCACCGUCAUAAGGGAGAACAGACUGCAGUGCUAUAAGAGUUCUAAGGACACAUGCCCCUAUGUGGACCUGCUGCUGCCCCAGUGCACUGUGGUCUAUGCACCCAAGGACAGCAAGAGGAAGCACCAUGAACUCCGCUUCACCUUACCUAAUGGAGACGCCCUGGUGCUGGCAGUACAAAGCAAGGAGCAGGCCCACCGAUGGCUCAGGGUUGUCAGAGAGGUGAGCGGUCACAGCGCUGGCCCUGAGGAGUCUGCGUCUCCUGUCACUCAGAGAAAAACUGAACUUGACAAAAGGUUGUCUGCUGAGAGGAACACAUCAGAUUCAGACAGUGUGGGCGUGUCCACUGGCGAGAACUGCAGAGAAAACGGUAAGGUGAAACGGGGAGCUCUGGCAGCUGGCCGUAAAAUCACACGUAUAAUCAGCUUUUCUAAGAAGAAGCUCCCUCGUCCAGGAGAUCCCCGGACGACCUUCAACGAUCCUCGACAAGGAUACCUAUCCGUGUUGGUGAAUCAGGUGUGGAGGGAACAGUGGUGUUGUGUAUGCAGAGGUUCCCUGCACUUCUACCACGACAAAGGAGACCCUCGUACCUGUCUACCUUCACUUCCUCUCCACGGCUGUGAGGUGCUCCCCGGGCUGGGACCAAAACAUCCCUUUGCCUUUAGAAUCAUACGGAACUGCGCAGAGUUGGCUGCUCUGGAGGCUAGCAGCUCUGUGGAGCUCGGAAGGUGGCUUGGCGUCCUGUUAGCAGAGACAGGCUCCACGACAGACCCAGAGUCGCUGCAUUACGACUAUGUUGACGUGGAAACCAUCGCUAACAUCCGCGACGCUGCUAGGCAUUCCUUCCUAUGGGUCACAUCCUCCAGCGGUACCUCCACAGACUCCAGAACAUAUGAUGAGGUCCCCAACGAGGACAUGCAGUCAGGGGAGAUCCACAUACAGCAGUCUGGGAAUCAAGUGAAGCGACGCUCAAGUUUCUCCAGCAGUGACUCUGACAGAAUCAAGCCUUUAGUCUCCCUCAAACGCACAGGAUCAAACGCCAACCAGUACGGACGGUAUGGGAAAACACGAGCAGACGAGGAUGCCAAGCAUUACCUGAAAGAGAAAGAGGAGCUGGAAAGAGAGAGGGAUGGGAUACGAAAUGCACUUGUGACCCUGCGACAGGAGAAGAGAGAGCUGAAGGAAGAGCUGAAGUUGGCCACUGAAAGAAGGAAGCCCUUCCUGAACAAGCGAGUGUCUCAGCUGGAAGAAGCCUGCAAAGCUAAAGAAGCAGAGAGGGUGGACCUGGAGCUGCGGCUAACCCAGGUCCAAGAAAACCUCAAAAAGAGCCUUGCUGGUGGAGCACUGGGUGCCCCUGUUGAAGCAAAGCCACCUUUGAAGGGCUCCUGCAAAAAGAAACAGAAUAUCUACAGUGAGUCUUUACCAGUGAACUGUUCCUCCGAGAUGCGGAGGAGACCUCCAUCUGUUUACGCUUCUUCUUCAGGAACUGUCAUGCAGAAGGCAAAGGAGUGGGAGUCAAAGAAAGGAACUUAAGAGUCUUGUGAUGUAAAGGACUGAAAGAAGAAACGGACUAGUGUGACACUCAACCCCUCCCUCUUCAAUGUAGCUAUUGGAUGUGGAGUCUACAUCUAAUAGCAAUGAGAAAACAAACUGCAAUGAAAUAAAUUGGCCACCAGGUGGAGGCACAUGUCACUAAAUAUUUACUCCUCCGGUUUCCUAAAAAGGACUGCUUCAAAUGUAGGGAAUACAUCAUCCGCUCACUGUGCGUUUCUCAGUAUUUUUAAAGUCUUCGGGGACAGAUAUUGAAAAUGUUUCAAUCAGAAAAGAGAGAAGAAGAUUUAGUGAAAGACAGAGACAUGAACGGUAUAUUGAACAGCUUUGUGAAUGAUGAGUAAGGGACAUGCAACAAAUGACUGUGCUCUAAUUUGGUGUUGCAUACGAUGAAAUGUUUAUUUGAUAAAGUUUAAGAAAUGUGAUGUUAAUGGACGAUCAGAGGACGGACGCAGCGUGCCACAAUGUGCCUUUUAUAUGAGAUAUUUUUUUCUGCCUGUACAUAGUGAUCCAUGACUACUGUUCUGUAUGUCUUAUACUUUCAUUCUGUUCAAGUUUUCAUUUCUCAUCAUCAUUCUGAUGUAGUGUAAGUGCUGAAGGGGGCGCAGAGUGUGCAUUGUGUAGCUUUCUCAGGUUGAAGGUGUGCUACACUACACAGCAACAAAAAAAAACAUCUGCUGAAUAAAACAAUCCUGCACCCACUUGUCCCUCUUUGGCACACACUCAAAACCAGUAACAACUCACAUUAGAGGUUCAGUAACUAACAAAGUGGUGCUAUUAAGUGACCAAAACAAAUGUUUUUCUCCACUAUUAUGUCAUUUUAACGAGUUUUUGGCUGAACCCAUGGUUGACUUUUGCACUUUACUGUUCUUCUCCCUGAAAGAGGGAAAAAUAAACAUGUUUUAUU